AUGUCGCCCGAAGACCCAUUUGCAGGUAUCAACCCUGCACGCCUGGCCCUCAUGCAGUCUGGGGCUCCCGCGGCCCGUGAGCGCGCCAAUCACGCACCAGCAGGACGAGGUGGUAGAGGCGGCGGCGGCAGAGGCGGCGGAAGAGGUGGGGGUAGAGGCUUCACGACCCGCGGAAAGGGAAAGAAGGGAUAUGGACGGAAUGCGAAAUCGUCUGGCGACAAUGCCAAUGAUAUUGCGAUUGCUUCUCCCCGGCUUGCGCUGUCUGUAGAGCCCGAAGCUUCUGUAGCGGAAGUGGAGACGUCGGCGCUGCAGAGGAGGGCCCAGUUGAAGAACGGUGGGCCCCCGGCGGAGAAGAAGAAGGACGUCGAGAAGGUCCCCAAUGGCACUGCGGAGAAGAAGGAGGCGGAGGGCCAGAAGAAGAAGAGGAAGAGAGAGGAGGAAGUCGAGCCGGUGAAGGAGAAGAAGAAGCCCAAGAAGUCUAAGAAAUCUAAGACGGAGGAGGCACCAGCUACGAACGGCACCUCGACGAACGGCACCGCGGAGAAAGAGAAGAAGGACAAGAAGGAGAAGAAGGAUAAAUCCUCAGACUCCACAGACUCUGCAGACAGCUCGGAGUCGAAGCUCUCAAAGGAGGAGAGGAAGGCCGCUAAGGCUGCUAAGAAAGCUAAGAAGUCGGAGGAGGAUGCUCCAGAGAAAUCGAAAUCGAAGCGGAAGACGGAGAAAGAGGACUCGAACGGCGACAAGCGCAGGAAGGUAGAGGAAGAGGUGGUGGCCCCGGCAAAGGAAGAUAAAGAGGAGAAGAAGGACAAGAAAGAGAAAAAGGAUGAGAAGGACAAAAAGGACAAGAAGGAGAAGAAGGAGAAGGAAGAGAAAGUAGAGAAGGUGGAAAAGGAAGAAAAGGCGGAAAAGAAGGACAAGAAAGAGAAGUCCGACAAGUCCGAAAAGAAGGGUAAGAAGGACAAGAAGGACAAGAAGGAAAAGAAGGACAAGACGGAAAAGAGGGAAAAGAAGGAAAAAUCAGACAAGAAGAAGCCCACCUCAACCCCCGAACCCAUCACCACCACCACCACUGCCUGGGACGCCUCCGAGCUCAGCGGUGAUGCCGCCCGAAAAUCCAAGUUCCUCCGCCUUCUCGGCGCCAGCCCCGCCGUCGCAGUCGCAAGCACAAAUGGCACAGCCAAGGACUCUGCAAUCUCAAAGAGAGAAAAGGAGCUCGAGAAGCAGUUCGAGACGGGGAUGAAGAUGAAGAACGAGCAGGGGGCGAAGAAGAGAGGGCUGGGAGCAUUGUAA